CUUUUUCAUCUCUUUAUUUUUUAAGCAAUCAAAAUAUUGAGUAAUUCCACAAUUCCCUCUUACUUUAACCCUGAUAAUAACAGGGCCAUAUGCCUCCCACAGGUGGCCUUUUUUGGAGGGAACUGCCUAUGAAUCUGUGGCUCUCAGUAAUUCUCUGCAGUUAGAACUCUGGGGAUGGAGCCAGGUAUGGCUUCUAAGCAGCUAGUUUUCUUUGCUCAUCUUUAUUUUUCUAUUUUUCCCAGUGAGUUGAUUCAAAAAGCCAGAAUUCCCAAAUGUUAUCCCUCUGUUGAUUAGUAUUUUCUCUGGUUAGGCCAUAGACACCUCUACUGGCUUUGCUUCUAACACAGGCAGUCAUCCUCAUCCUCUUUUUCAUUUUUGUCCGCUACAACCAUGAGGUGGACUCUUCCCUCUGGCAUCAAGGCAACCACAGCGACAUGGACAAUGAAUUUUAUUUUCGUUACCCAAGUUUCCAAGAUGUCCAUACUAUGAUCUUCAUUGGUUUUGGUUUUCUGAUGACCUUCCUACAACGCUACGGAUUUAGCAGCAUUGGUUUCAACUUCCUCCUGUCGGCCUUUUCUUUGCAGUGGUCCACUCUGGUCCAGGGUUUCCUCCACUCCUUUCAUGGAGGCAAAAUCCACAUUGGUAUAGAAAGCAUGAUCAACGCUGAUUUCUGUACUGGAGCUGUUCUGAUUUCAUUUGGGGCAGUGUUGGGUAAGACAAGCCCUGUACAGCUGCUGCUCAUGUCUCUACUGGAGGUCACACUGUUUGGGGUCAAUGAGUUCAUCCUCCUCAGUCUUCUUGGGGUGAAAGAUGCUGGAGGCUCCAUGACUAUCCACACGUUUGGCGCCUACUUUGGGCUUGUUCUUUCCAGAGUUCUUUACCGAUCACAACUAGAAAAGAGCAAACACCGGGAAGGCUCUGUGUAUCACUCAGACCUCUUUGCUAUGAUUGGAACUAUUUUCCUGUGGAUCUUUUGGCCAAGCUUCAACUCAGCACCUACAAAUACUGGGGAUGGCCAGCACCGCACAGCCCUCAACACAUACUACUCCCUGGGGGCCAGCACCUUGAGCACCUUUGCCUUAUCUGCGCUCCUAAGCAGAGAGGGAAAGCUGGACAUGGUCCACAUCCAGAAUGCAGUGCUGGCAGGUGGGGUGGUUGUGGGAACUUCUGGAGAAAUGAUGAUUACACCUUUUGGGGCUCUAGCUGCUGGAUUCCUGGCUGGGACCAUCUCCACCCUGGGAUACAAGUUCCUCAUGCCCAUUCUUGAAUCAAAGUUCAAAAUCCAAGAUACAUGUGGAGUCCAUAACCUCCAUGGGAUGCCCGGAGUCCUGGGGGCCCUUGUUGGUGCUCUUGUGGCUGGGCUGGCCACCCAUGAAACCUAUGGAGAUGGAUUGAAAAAUGUAUUCCCCCUGAUUGCUGACGGCCAUCGAAGUGCAACAUCUCAGGCUGUAUAUCAGCUCUUUGGGCUCUUGGUCACCUUGGUGUUUGCUUCAUUUGGUGGAGGAAUUGGAGGAUUGCCCCAGAUCAUUGCACUGCUGAGAGGAGGCACGCUUUCACAGACAAUCAUCGUCCGAUAUUGCUGUCGUUGUGUACAAUGUUCUCCCAGUUCUGCUUAUUUCUCUCUGCAUCAGUUCCCGCAGAUCUUUCCAGCUUUUUCUGAAAUCAUCUUGCUUAUUUCUUAUAGUGCAGUAGUAUUUCAUCACCAUCAUGUACCACAAUUUGUUCAGCCAUUCCCCAGUUGAUGGACUUCCCCUCGAUUUCCAAUUCUUUGCUGCUAGAAAUAUUUUCAUACAAGUAGUUCCUACCCUCCUUUUUUUAAAUUAUCUCUUUGUAUCCCCCCAUAUCUUAAAAAAAUUUUUUUUUUAAUAUGAAAAACCCUUACCUUCCAUCUUGGAAUCAAUACUGUGUAUUAAUUCUAAGGCAGAAGAGUGGUAAGGACUAGGCAAUGGGGGUUAAAUGACUUGCCCAGGGUCACACAGCUGGGAAUCAAGCAUCACUUAAAAAAAAUAACCCUUACCUUAUGUCUUAGAAUCAAUACAGUGCAUUGGUUCCUUUUUUUUUUUUUUAAUUAAAACCCUUACCUUCCAUCUUGGAGUCAAUACUAUGUAUUGGCUCCAAGGCAGAAGAUUGGUAAGGGCUAGGCAAUCGGGGUUAAGUGACUUGCCCAGGGUCACACAGCUGCGAAGUGUCUAAGGUCAGAUUUGAACCCAGGACCCCCCAUCUCUAGGCCUGGCUCUCAAUCCACUGAGCUCCCAGCUGCCCUAUCCCCACAUAUUUUGAAGAAGAGAAGAGACUCUCUUUGACCCAGGACAGAUCCAAAGAAGGGAUAAAAUGCUAUCCAGAGGCUGGGGCAAUGUGUUGUCCAAAGAUGAGGAUCAUAGCUUUUAGUUACCCAAACCUUCCAAGCUUUGCCCUCUAUUUCCACCAGAGGGCAGUUCAACCUCAGGCAACAGGGCUAGAGGCUCUCGAUAGUGUGAAAAGGGAUGGGGAGAGAGGAGCUAAAAUCAGUGUCAAAGCUAGAAGUGAACUAAGAACCCAACAAAUUCAAGCUCAUUUUAUUUAUUUAUUUAACUAUUUGUCUAUCUAUCAAUCUAUUUGUUUAUUUAUUUGAAAUGGAGUCUCCAUGUCUUGUCUUGCCCAGUGGACAUUCAUGACCCAUUGCUGAUUGGCAUCAGAAUUUUGGCUGGCUGCAUUUUCCACCUGGACCGGUCCACCCCUCCAUGGGCAUCCUGGUAGCCUCCAUCACCAGGGCUUUCCAUAUUGAUGGUGGCCUUAAUGCAGAUACCUGCUUCGCUCUAGCCCUACUGCUAUUCAGAACUCCUUUGCUCAAGUAAACCCACCAGCUUUGGCCUCCCUGGUAGCAGGUAUUACAGAGCUGUCCACCACCAUGCUCAACCUCAUUAUGUUUAAAGAUGGGGAAACUGAGGUCCAAGGAAAAGAAAUGACCGGGGCCAACACAAUGAAUCAGUGGAAGGGAGUUCUAGAGUCCAAGUUCUGGCUCCUGGUCCAAUGUUCUGCUUACUUGGCACUGCUUUCCAAGAGAUCAGACCUGCCAUGCACAGGGUAUUGUGUCUCAUGAAAUCAACUGGGAUUUCCUUCUCAUUUGAAAGCGUCUUAGGGAAAUAGAUUUAGGGGGCCGAUCCUGGAGUCAGAAGAACCUGGGUUCAAAUGUGGCCUCAGACACUUCCUAGAUGUGUGACCCUGAGCAAAUCACCUAAGGAAAGUUGUUACUAGGGUAGAAAGUAAGGGUUAAAAAAAAAAAGAAAUAGACUUUAGGUCGACCUUCCUUCAGUCUGAGCUCUUUUCUUAUGCUUGACAGAAGAAUCAGAUCUGUGAUUUCAUUUCUCUUUAGUUUUCUGAAGUCCCCAGAAUAUAGAAUUCCAAUUCUUUUUAUUUCACAGCUCAUUUUUCCUUGUCAUUUCCUCAUUUCUUCUUCCUCUUCUCCAAAUCUUUAUUGUUGUGGUUCCCUUCUUGCCUCCCUAUAUGGUGCUUAUAUGAGGAACCUCACACCUUCCCCCUUUUCU